UGAUUCCAGACAUCUGGCAACAUCGGUUACUGCUCCAGCUCUAUAUCACGGCCCUUAGGAUUCUUGCAAACUAAAUAUUGUGAAUUAAGAUAAACAAAUUGCCAGGAUGUCGGACCGCACAGCAUCCGUCUCCGCGCCCGCGUCAUCGCUUGCCAAGUCAAGCCUCAGUGACCUGCGACAAUUUCGCAUCAACAAGAGCCAAGCCGUCAGUGCUGGCUCUGCGAAAACGGAGCGUGUGCCGGGCAAGAAGCGCAUCCAGGUGAUGGCGGAUAGUGACAGUGACAGUGCCGAUUGUCAGACCCCCAAAAAGACCAAGCUGGAGCUGACGGUAAAGGAGAAGGAGGAACGCUACAUGGCAGCCGCAAAGAUAUCCCCCCAGUACGAUACAAUGGCUAUUCAGGAGUCCCUUUCUCGCACCAACUGGGACGUGGCCGCAUCGGUUCGAUACUUGAGGGAACAUUGCAAGCCCAAGAUUCAUGGACAGAAUGGACCUCUGGUCAAAUCCAAGUUAAAGCACAGUUCCAAUGGCACGAGUGGGACAUCCCACGGUGCCUACUCGGACGGCGACAACUCGGAUGACGACGAUGUCAAGCAGUCCAAGGAUCAGGUGUACGACAGUGACGACAGCGAUACUGAAAUGGCCACAAAGAUGACGGGACAACGGAAAAAGGUGUUCCAGUUUAUGAACGAAGCCACCAUAUUGGAGAUGCAGUCUGUGAAAACGCUCUCGGAGAAGAAGGCUACGGCCAUAGUGGAAUUGCGACCCUUUGCGGACUGGGCUGAGUUGCGACGGAAGUUGGAGAGCAACAAGAUUUCCGCCGAUUUGUUGAACUACGCUCAGGACCUUAUCAACAAGCAAAACACAGUAGCCACCAUUUUAAGCAAAUGCAACAAUAUGGUGACGCGACUGGAGAAGGCAAUUUCCAAUGGUGCCGGUAUUGUGGAGCAACCAAAACUUCUGAGCAGCGGAUUGCAGCUGGCCGAUUAUCAGAUCAUUGGCCUAAACUGGCUCACCGUAAUGCACAAGCAGGAGAUGAACGGCAUUUUGGCGGAUGAAAUGGGUCUGGGAAAAACUAUUCAAGUGAUUGCGUUCCUUGCCUACCUGAAGGAGAACGGUCUUAGUCAGGCGGCGCAUUUAAUUGUGGUACCCUCGUCCACGUUGGACAACUGGGAGGCGGAAAUUACCCGGUGGUGUCCCAAACUGGUGGUGGAGAAAUACCACGGCUCGCAAGAAGAAAGGCGACGAAUGCGAGGACGCUAUGCCAAGGAUGGCUUUACUGGAUUUGACGUCUUGCUUACCACAUAUCAUAUCGUCGGCUCCACACCUGAGGAGCGAAAAAUGUUCCGUGUUUGUAAGCUGGACUACGUCAUAUUCGAUGAGGCUCACAUGUUGAAGAAUAUGACUACCCAGCGAUAUGCAAACCUUAUCACUAUCAAUGCCAGAAUGCGCAUUCUACUCACCGGCACCCCUCUACAAAACAACCUCCUGGAGCUGAUCUCUUUACUGUGCUUUGUGAUGCCUAAAUUUUUUGCCAAAAGCAUUGAAGACAUCAAAACGCUAUUUGCAAAGAAAGGAAAAGCUGAUGGAGAUCAGGAAGAGGUGUCACAAUUCCAGGAAACUCAGAUCCAGCGAGCAAAGCGCAUUAUGAAACCCUUUGUGCUAAGGCGCCUUAAGAAAGAUGUCCUAAACAACCUGCCCAAGAAGCUUAGCCUUGUGGAAAAAGUUCCCAUGAGCACACAACAAAAACAAUACUACCACGAACUGGUCGAUUAUUAUUCAAAUAACAAGGGCGAAGUCUGCAGCAGCGAACGCGCAGGCAUUGCAAUUAUGAUGGAAAUGCGCCGCAUUGCCAAUCACCCGCUACUGAUGCGUCACUAUUUCACCGACGAGAAUUUGCGUGGAUUUGCCAAGCGCCUGGCACGGGCGAGCUCCUACAAAAAGACCAAUGAGCAGUAUAUAUUUGAAGACCUGGCCAUCAUGUCGGACUUCCAGGUUUUCCAGUUGUGUAACAAACAUGAAUUAUAUGAUGUAAAGAUACCCGAUCCGCUAAUUUGCGACUCUGGAAAAUUCAGAUACCUGGACGCGUUGCUCCCCAAGCUGAGAGAGGAGGGCCACCGAGUUUUGCUAUUUAGCCAAUUUACUAUGAUGCUGGACAUCGUAGAGGAGUAUCUGAGAGUUAGGAAACAUGGCUUUUGCCGGUUGGAUGGCUCCACUGCUGUCAAGGAGCGUCAAGACCUGAUCACCGACUUCAAUGUUGACGACAAUAUAUUUGUGUUUCUGCUGUCCACCAAGGCGGGGGGCGUGGGUAUCAAUCUCACGGCCGCCGAUACCUGCAUCAUUCACGACAUCGAUUUCAAUCCGUAUAACGACAAACAGGCCGAAGAUCGGUGUCAUCGCAUGGGACAGCAGCGUCCAGUUACCAUCUAUCGACUCAUAUCCGAAAGUACCAUCGAGGAGGGUAUCCUGAUGGCCGCCGAAGAGAAGCUAAAACUGGAGAAAGAUAUCACGUCCACCGAGAAGGGCGAGGUGCAUGAGCAGCGUUGCGUAGUAAAGUUGCUGACCACAGCCCUGGGUCUGGACAAGGACCAGGAGGAGCAGCUGAAUAACUCGUUGAACAAUUCAAUUGCCUCUCCCGCCAAGUAGGCACUAUCAUCGUUAUAUUCUUAGGUAUUUUUUUAUUCUCCGCCCGCAUCGGAUCUGUCACGUACUUUUUAGCAAUUGAAUUAUUUGGAAACCUUUGUUCCGUAACUUUAGCAUUCAAUUUUGUAUUUAAAUUAUACCUAUUAAUGUAUGCUUGGAUUGUGAGAUUUACCCUGAGGUUGCCCAUGGUGGGUCAUAAAUUGUGUUAAGAAUUUGCCUUCGAUAAGAUCACAGCAUGUUUUUUCAAUAGUAUAACGAACAUUUCCAUGAUAAACUAAGGCACUCAAA